UCGUGUCGUAGUGUGUGUCCCGUGUCGCGGUCUCAACGUCCAGGGUCACUCAUGUCUCGGGACCACAUCCUCCUCCUUCAACAAUACGUCAUGGAGGGUCUUGGACUUACCAGGCUUCCUGACACCACGAAAAUGAACAUCAGUGAAACCGAGUACACAACUAAGUAUGAAACCUAUCUCCAGACAGUGAGAGAAAACAAGAAGAUUCGCCUGCAAAGAGACACCUACGCCAAAUCGCAACGCUUUUAUAGUAUCGCUCAUUUUGGAGGAGCUCCGAACGUCAAGAACUAUCACGGUAGCCACGAACUUCUCUACUUUCCAGUGGGAGUAAAAAAUGCAACAGUAAACCAAGCUACGUUGAGAAUAUUCGCUGUGGCGCCACUGGGGCAGAGCCCUUCGACGCCGCUGACACUAAGAGUGUACCUGAUGGAGAAUGGAGGGGGUAGAACCCUCUUGGACUCCAGGAGGCUUGUACUGAAGGACACCUCCCGAUGGGUAGAGCUGGACGUAGUUCCUGCAGUCAUCUAUUGGAUCUCAGGGCAAAGAAACCUGGGCCUGGAGGUGGAGUGUGAUGAGUGCAGUGGGAGAGGGGUCAGGCUCGUCUCCGGCACAGGGCCUGAAGCUUCUUCCUUUGACCCCGUCCUGAACGUUCUGUUGACCGACAGGGAAUCGUAUCCUCGCAGUCCUAGGGCCAUGGAGGCAGAGCACCGGUACGACGAGACCCUGGGCUCAGACUGCCGCAAAGGCCCCAACCACGGUCGUUGCUGCCGCCACUCCAUGGAAGUGGUGUUUAAAGACGUUCCUGGGUUCGAGUUUAUCUUGCAGCCGUAUAAAUUCAACGCAGGGUUUUGUAAGGGCCGAUGUCCUCCAAGAUACCAUCCUGCUAGUCAACACGCUCUUCUGCAGAGUCUCGUCUGGCAGAUGUACAAAGUACCCAGACCCUGCUGCGCUCCCCACGUUCUUGCAGACAUUGAAGUCCUACAUCUGGACGAGACAGAUCCUUCUUCACUCAAAGUAUCCACCUGGAAGGGAAUGCAGGUUCAGCGAUGCGCUUGUUCAUAGUUAUGGGCACCGUUCUUGCCUUGUGACCGUCGAUAACGAUAACCUUACAGACUUGAUCUUUAGCACACAUUUAUAGUAGUUUACGCAACGAUCGCGUAAAGACUGUUCACGCGAGUUGCGUACACUACUUUACUACGACCGUUUUUACUAACAAUCACUACUCCUAACUUCUAAGGUUAUGUUUUAAUUUACUGUAUAACCUUUAAUUGCAUCAAUAUCACUAUAUUGAUGCAACGAUUCAUUGUAUCAACCACUCAUUAACAUUUAAAUUGGUCUUAACAGCUGAUAAGUUGACGUACAAAGCAUAAAAAAUCUUCUUUUCUCUCAAUCAUUCAACCUCAUUGAUAGUGUUGUAAUGUAAAAAAAAUGCUGUAAAGUAUUUUCUUUCCAUUCGGAGAACCGAAACUGAAAUGGCUAGUUAAAAAAACGGUCGUAGGUAAAAUAGUUUAUAUUUUUAACAGUUCUAUAACGACCAAAGAGGCUGAAUAUACGUUUAAAGUAUCUUUACAAAAUCAACGUACACAAUUGCUAAAAUGUAUUUGGACAAAAGGUGAGAUUUCUAAUGCUUCUUUACUGAAUGUGAGAAGUUUUUAGUUUACAGGGCACACUGUUUUGAUGAUAACUCAUCGGUGAAUUCAAUAUUUAUAAAUAAAUGUAGGCAUACAUUACGUCUUUUAAGGCUGUUUUAGAUAGUAUUUAUGGUAUCCAAAAUGAAAGGAAAUUGUUAGAAACAUUUUACUAAAUGCUCUUUAUGUAGUCUCUUACGCCUCAAGAUGUAGGUAUAAAAUAGGUAGAGUAGUCAUAAGCUAAUAGUGUUAAGCCAAAAUUCAUUAUUUUUUAAGCGUAAAACCAUGGUUUCUGGUUUUUUUAUGUGCAAUUAUACUUUUUAAAUAAUACAAUGUGUCCGUAACUAAGAACAAAAAUGUUAGGAAUAGGUUUAAUGGGUCAAAAUAAAACGAAAAUCAAGAAUGACAAUUUACAAAAAAUGCAUAAUAAGCGAGAUAUCCUAGCUCAAGAGGUUUUAUAAAAAGAACGAAUCUUGAUUUCAAUUUAUUAUGACAUAUCAAACGUAUUUCUAAAUAUUUUGUAUUUACAUGGUUAUAGUGUGAUAGUUAUAUAUAUUUUUUAUUUUAAGAUUUAUGUUUAUAAACUCUACUUUUAUUUUACACCUUUACCAAAGAAGCCUUCCUACUAAGCAUAUUGAUUGAUAAGGGAUUAAUAUAAUGUAAAACUCAACUCACAUAAAAUGUUCAGCAUAUGACGGCAGCUUCAUAACCAAGAAGUAGUGAUGGGUAAUUAUUACGGAAACUUACUCUGGCUGCCGCUGCCGGUUCGAAUUUGGCAUUUACCGUCCGCAUUAUUUAAGGAACACAUUUUUGAAUAUUUUAAAUUAAUCACUGCUCUACACUAAUUUUUUAAACUCAUUUAGUACACAUUUCCCCAAAUUCUUUCACAUUCACUCACUGCUGUAUACAAUUUAAAUUACUAAAUUAUUCAAAAUAAAAUUAUUAAUUAAAUAUAGUUAAAAUAUUUGAGUUAAGUUGAUACCUAUUCAUAAAUAAUGUUUAAGAAUAUGAUGAACUGUGUAGUCUGCCUAGUUUUUUUUUAUUUUUGUUUCUUUUUGAGAUAGGGAAUCUAGAAAGAACCUCAUACGAAAACAUAUAACUCUUUUUCAUGUUUCAAGAUUUGUUAACCCCCGGAUUACGUUUGAAUAUAUGUAACGGUUUAAAUACCUGCAUUCAGUAAUAAAAAAAGUAAUCAAUUUGCAUUACUAAAUGCAGGUAUUUAAACCAUUAUAAAUACAAUGUUUGACAAUGAAUGGAACUAGACAUUCAUUUGUUAUGUCAAAGCUGUACACAUUAUUAGAAUAAAACAUAAAGUAAUCAAAUAGAGUAUCUAAAAGUGUUUUAUUGUUAAAUACUAAUUUCUGCUGAGUAUACAGGGUGAUUGAUGAGCCAGCUGUUUAUGUCGAAAGCUACAAGAGAUAUUACAAAAUUGUUAAAUUAUAACGCCCUUGGAUUUUUCAUAAAAAAAAUUUUGGUCAAGUUAAAAAAAUAAUUUUUGCCGCUAUUUUUCUAAUAUGGUCGCCAACUUUGAUUUUUCUUAUGGAAGACCCUAUAUUUGAUGAUUUAUUUUGAAAGUAAAUGUCAUUUAAAAACGUUUUUAUUGUUCGCAUUUGUUUCUCUAAAGCCACUCAUUUAGGAGUUACAGCGUGUUAAAACUAAGUAAAAAUUACUUGCAAAAAACGCAAAAUGAGUUACCACAUCAGAUGUGGUGAUUAUAGAUUCUAUCAUCACACCAUGGUCACAUCAUGGUGCAUUCUGCCCCAUUUAGCUCCUAAAUGAGUAAGUUUAGAGAGAAAAUGGUAAGAGUAAAUAAGUCUUUAAAUUGCAUCUCGAUUCUAUACAGUUUAUUAAAGCCAUAAAAAUAUUGAUUACAUUAUUUCAAAAUGGCCGCCAUUUUCCAAAAUGGCAGAAAAAAGGAAACUACGUAUUUUAUGGGGUUUAAGAAAUGUAGAUGCAAUUUUAAGACUUAUUUACUCUAUCUAUUUUCUUUCUUAACUUAGUCAUUUAGGAGCUACAUGGCGCAGAAUGUACACUGCAAGUCAUUUUUCUUAGUUUUAACACGCUGUAACUCCUAAAUGAGUAGCUUUGGAGAAAAACUGCCGAGUAUUAAAACGUUUUUAAAUGGCAUUUACUUUCUAAAUAAAUCAUAAAAAUAUAGGGUCUUCAACAAGAAAAAUUAAAGUUGGUGGCCAUAUUGGAAAAAUGAUGGCUAAAAUUAUUUUUCCAACUUGACCAAAAUAUUUUAAAUAAAAAAUCCAAGGCAGUUAGAAUUUACAAUUUUUGAUAUAUCUUAUAACUUUCGAAUAAAACAGCUAGCACACUUAUAUCAAUGACCCUGUAUAUUGCUAACUGAUGUCAAACUAUGUAUAAAUUGCAGAAUAUUGUAUAUAGUAAAAACUACAGUAUUACGUUGUUAAAAAAUAAAAGAAGAAAUGUAAUUGUGACAGAAGCUUACUUCCUGAAUGGCCAAUUAAAGUUUGGUGUAUUUGAAAUGGUGGUUAAAUAGGUUCAUAAAAAGGGGAUGUCUAUCAUGGUAGGGCGUGUAAAGGUCAAUAAUAUAAGCUAUAAAUCCUAAACUAGGCUAAUACAUAUUACCAAAAUGAACACUUUUUUAAAUCAAAUCAUUCAGCAAGAUGUUGAAAAUACUAUAUAAAACCUAUUUAUUUUUAGGUUAAGUAUGUUUUAAGUUGUUUGAAAACCAUAGCAAGUAAUGAUUUUAUCCUUUGUAUUAUUAUUAAAAAAAAUUAAUGUAGCAAAUUCUUAUUUUUUGGAUACACAACUUAACUAAUUCAUUGCUAGUUUGUUUUCCCUUUAACUAACACAUGAAAAUGUUUACAUUGACGGUUUCGUUAAUUGGGUCCCAAACGAUGUAACAUUAUAGGAAAUGUUAGCACGAAUGGUCCUAAAUAAACAACUGUACAAUUUAGUGUUUAACUCCUCCCAAAUAUAUACUUGCACACCUUAUAACUUUUCAGUAUUAUUUAAUAACUAUUGUACAAGCAAAGAUUACAGUUACCAGAAUAAUGUUAGUGUUACUUUAAAUUAUUUGUACCUCUCAGGUAGUCUACCACUAUACGUUAUUUAUUUGUCUUUUGUACUUUUGUAAUAUUUUCGUCUGUAUAUUUAGUUUAAUAAAUUUGGUGAUGAUUUUUUUUUCA